GAUAGAGAGAGGGGGCAAAGGAAGAGGGAGAGAGAGCGGGGUGAGGGAGAGAUUCAAGCGGCGCUGCGGGCUUAAAAAGUGUCCUUUUCUUGCUUCCGGUGAGGCGCAGCAGUCGUUUCCUCCGCAAUACACUCUCGAGUGGUCGUGGGUUGCCUAUUAUAGAAGACCAAAAGUUGGAGCUACCCGGUGCGUGCGUGGGGGGACUUCUAUAACAUGUCGGGGAAUAAGGACACCGACGGCGGCUGGAGGAGCUUUCUGUGGAAUUCCGAGAAGAAGGAGUUUCUAGGAAGGACCGGCGGCAGUUGGUUCAAAAUCCUUUUGUUCUACGUUAUCUUCUACGGAUGCUUGGCGGCCAUCUUUGUGGGGACCAUUCAGGUGAUGUUGCUCACCUUGAGCAGGUACAAGCCCACCUACCAGGAUCGGGUGGCCCCCCCAGGUUUGUCACACACGCCACGCUCUGAAAAGUCAGAGAUCGCAUUCAGCAUCAGGGACCCAAAGUCGUAUGAGAAGUACGUGGACAGCAUUAACAAGUUCCUCGCGCUCUACAACGACGAUCGCCAAACCGACUUGAUGAAAUACGAAGACUGCGGAGACACUCCUCAGCCGUACCGCGAACGCGACAGCAUUGAGAGCGACAAAGGGGAGCGCAAAGCUUGCGGCUACAAAAGGUCCUGGCUGCAAAGCUGCUCGGGCAAGACGGACAACAUGUACGGCUUCCAGCAGGGAUCGCCGUGCAUCAUCGUCAAACUCAACAGGAUUGUCAAUUUCAGGCCCAAGGUCCCCACCGAUGAUGAUGUGCCUGUGCCUUUUCAAGCCCGAGUCAAGCCCAACUCCGUGCCUAUUUUCUGCAAGAACAAGCGCGACGAGGACGCAGACAAGAUCGGCGAUAUUAACUACUAUGGCUUUGAAGGCAGCUUCCCGCUGCAGUAUUACCCGUACUACGGCCGGCAGCUGCACCCCAACUACCUUCAGCCCCUGGUGGCCAUCCAGUUCUCCAACAUAACGCUGGACCAGGAGGUGCGCAUCGAGUGCAAGGUGUACGGCGGCAACAUCAAGUAUAGCGAUAAGGACCGCUAUCAGGGACGAUUCGACGUCAAGUUCAACAUCAAAUCGUGACCUCUUCCGGCGGUCGGUCAGUCGGCGCGCACUCUUUACCACCCCCACCCACCCUUAUUUGUUUUGACAAGCAGGUCUCCCCCCACCCCAAAAGAAAACACGUAGAGCCAACUGAGAUGAUAAAAGUCACAUCCGCAAGAAAAAAUAAACACCACUAUAGUAGUCUUUAAAUAAUGACACAAUACAGCAGUGGUUCUCAACUCUUGCUACCCUACUCCAGUUUCUGCCCGGGUUUUAAGCCAAGGAAAAUAUUGUUAGCCUAACAGGAUGAUUGCCAAAGUCAUUUUUGUUGUGAUAACAAAUUAAUGAAAAGUCCUGUUGCCUCCAUUGAAAUUUUGCAGAUUUACUACGACGUGAUGACUGAGAAUCUACAGAUUAAAAAAAAGGAACAAAGUUAAAAAUGACUCAGGCAAUGAUGUAAUUAUUAAGCUCACAAUAUUUAAAAAUUU